AUGUCAGUAACACCAUGGCAGAAUUGUAAAAGCAUAUGUCUUGGCCAUGUAGAAUCAUGGGAAGAUAUAUGUGAUGAGCCUACUUUAACCCCGCAAAAUCUUCAAAUUAUAAUUUUAAAGGCACUGUCGGUUAUUGGUGGUGAGGCAGCUACCAUUUGUAAAACAUCAAGCGAAUGUGGGUAUGACGAAUGUUGUAUGAUGGUCAUACCACUGAGGGGAAAAAGAGCUACAGAUUAUGGAUAUUGUACACCAAAUGGCAGGGACAAACAAAAAUGUUAUAUUAAUAAUGCCUUUAGCGCUAAUGGUAGACAUGCUAAUAGUUGCCCAUGUGGUAAUGGGUACCAGUGUGUAAGUUCAGGGUACAGAGAGAUACCACAAGGAGAAGUUGGCCAAUGUACCGCAGUGCAACAGAAGGGAAAACGACAAGAUCCAGUUAAUAAAGGGUGUUCCAGUGGUAAAGACUGCGGAAUGGAUGAAUGUUGUGUAUCUAGGGUGCGACCACUUGGCAAGAGAUUCUUUCUUGGCAGUACCAAUUCUGGUGUCUGCACUAAACUCGGUACUAAAGGAUCGGGAUGCCUUGUUAAAAUGGAAUCGAAAAGACCCCUGACUCAAGUUUUUCAAUGCCCAUGUUCCACUGGAUAUUUUUGUAAAAGCUCCCACCAAUUUGAUAUUCCAUUAGGAGAGAUGGGAGUCUGUACAGCCUAG